GAGGAUUGCAUUAGCGCCGUCUCACUGUGGCUUAACCCCGCACCAAUAGUGGCAUUGCUUUCAUUCACACUCUCCUAACACACCUGAGCACCUUCAACCACCUUCAAUCCGACUUCCCCUUCUUUAUUACCAACAUCAACUGUUUUAAAUGACAACCACCGUCCCUUGCUUCUAGCUUCAAACAAUCAACAUACUACUAUCUCAAAUAAUGCAAUCAUGAUAUCCCCUUUCAUGGAUUCUCCAAAGCGAAAACGAAAUGAUCCCCAGGCACCAACACCACCGGGUUCCUCACCUAUGUGUCUCCAGACUUCGAUUGCUUUACCUCCAAUAUCUCCAGAAGAAGCUGGCCAAGGUAGUCCACGUACAAAAGUCGCAUACCACUUUCAGGGUCUUGCCCUUGAUGGACCCACCGAUGUAAACAAACUGAAUCUCAAGAAGAAGGGAUAUGAAGCAACCAAUGGUGAAUCUGAUAUGCGCAAAAGGGUAAAAAUGUUUGCUUCUAGAGAUGUGGAUAUGGCUGGGAGUACAGUCACUGAAAUUCCCGAGACACCACAAGCAAAACCCUUCAAGGCUGUCAUUGGGGAAGAGAGGAAAGUCGAUCCAAUAAUUCGGGAGAUGGGAAAUGAUAUUCGGCUUCAUAACGAGGUUGAUCCCAUAAUAUUUCGAGCCGGAUUAAGUGAUUCAAAAGAUAAAGAUGGUUUGGCAAGAGCAUAUCCAUCAAUUAAUCGAUUGGCCGAUUCUAAGUCUCGGGGAAAGAAGAGGAUGGGCACACCGCCAUUGUCUGAAGAUGCCAUGGAAGAAGAAAGAGAGGUUGUGGAUCCGGACCGAGCUACUUUGACAUGGCACCAUAAUGAAAUUACUGGACACAAACCAGACGAUCCAGAUGAUGAUGGAGAGGGAAUCAAUGGAAUUGGAUUUCGGCCAACGCCUGCUCUUGCUUAUGCUAGAACAGAAAGAAGGAAGCAACAGAUGGCGGAUUACAGGAGCCGGGAAGCAAGGGAAGCUCGAGCUCGAAGGAGUGAGAGAAGACGAGGAACAGAGGAAUCUGCCAGAAAGGAAGCUGAGAAGGUAGCCAGGAGAGUAAGAUUUAUUGAGUCUGAUAACCCAAAAAUCAUUUCAUCGUCUUGAGCUUUUAAUGUUGGAUUAUUUCAGGAGUUUGAUGGAAAUUAUGGUUACAGCGUUUGGUUUAUGAGCA